AUGGCGGACUUCCAGCAGUCAAAGUGGACCAAGGUGACGACCAUUGGUGAUGACCAGGUGCUUUUCCUGCGGAGGCGGUGCUCCAGGUUCAUUCGCGUCUCUCCGGAGGAGAUGCCGGGGGACCGCAUUAUCUUCCUGGACAAAGAUGAUGAGGCUCAUGACUAUUACGAAUAUGGGGUGGGCUCUUCCUCUGAUUCUUGCAUGGUCUAUGACAUGAGAGAUGGCACUGUCUCGCCCUUUGUACCAAGCGUGCAAUGGGAGCGUCGCUCUGUACCUGCAACGUGGCUCUUCCCUCAGGUCUGA